UUCACCUCAUUCAAAUUUUCUGGUGCUGUAUUCACGGAAAGCGGCGGAACGAAAAUGGCUCUCUUCGUUUUAUUUUUCGUGGCCAUGGCGUGCGCGUGCUUCGGCGCUAAAGCUAAUAAAGACGAUAUUCUUGUCACAAGUAAGGUGUUCUUCGACAUAGAGAUCGGAGGCCAGAAAGAAGGGAGAAUUGUGAUUGGGUUAUUUGGAAAAGUGGUUCCCAAGACUGUGGAUAACUUCUAUGCACUUGCAACCCACGAGAAAGGCUUUGGAUACAAGGGUAGCAUUUUCCACCGUGUCAUUAAAGAUUUUAUGAUUCAAGGUGGUGAUUUCACAAAUGGGGAUGGAACUGGCGGCAAAAGCAUCUAUGGGGAUCGUUUCAAAGAUGAGAACUUUAAGUUAAACCAUUAUGGCCCAGGCUGGCUGAGUAUGGCUAAUGCUGGUAAAGAUACCAAUGGCUCACAGUUCUUUAUCACAACUAUAAAAACUUCUUGGCUGGAUGGACGACAUGUUGUAUUUGGGAAAGUGUUGGAAGGCAUGGAUGUUGUCAGAAAAAUAGAGAAAACAGAUACAGAUACCCGUGACCGACCAGCUAAAGAUGUCAAAAUAGCAGACUGUGGUUCAAUUCCGGUGGAAAAACCUUUUCAAGUUCAAAAAGAUGACUAAUUAUUCAUCAUAGCAUAAAAUGUGUGACAUUGUUUGUGUAGUGUAGAUUUUUUUUAGCUGUCUUAGCAGUCUUUUAAAAGUCAUGUAAGUGUGCAGAAUGUAUUGGAAAUUAACAAUGUAUGAUCAUGUGAAAUUUGUUGUGGAAAUCUUUCCAGGUAUCAGGUUAUCCUAAAAUCCCACAAUUUUUUUAUCCCUCUAGUGGCUGUGGUAGAUCUAUUUAAAUCAUGUUUAGAAACUAUUGUUACCACAUGUAUUUUCAUAAUUGGAGGCCCCCAAAGGUAUUCGCUAUUUCUUGGAAACCUGGAAUAAAACUUGUCCCUAAGUGAA